GUCUCUCACUGAUCAGUUGAUCGGCAGCCGGCGGAGGAGUCCUCGCUCCCCGCUCCUGCUUUACGCACAGCCACGACACCGACGGUCCGGUUCCGUGGUCCUGUCCGUCCAAUUCUCACGAGGAUGUGUGGAAGCUGCAGUCGCUCACCAUGCCCCACGCACGGACCGACGAGGCUGCGCGGCUGAGCGCCUCCUCGGCUCUUACCAAUACACCGAGCCAACAUUCAAAGACGAUGGAGCGUCAGGAUGCUGGAGAGGAGCCGGCGCGGGGCUCCGAUCACCGCGGAGGCGCCGAGCUGCCCGAUUCUUCUCCGCCGGACCUCAGCAGAAGUGAGGAGACUGAGCCCGGCACAAUGAGGAGGAGUGACAACUACUUCCCGGUCCCCGGGGAGGACAAGAACCCAGACAUGGGCAACGCCAACACCAACACCAACCCCGGCGAAGCUAUACCAAUGAAGAACCUGUACGCUGAGGACGGCUCGCCCCUCUGCCCUCGCCAUGGCCCGUUUUUCUCCGACGGCAAGCGGCGGGUGGACUACGUGUUGGCUUACCACAUACAGAAGCCGGGCAGCGUCCGACGGAAGUCCAACAAGGCUAGUGAGGGCAACUUCAUCCGUCGGCUGCGGCGGAGCCUUAGCAUGAGGAGCAGCCGUGCGCCCCUGCAGCCCAAAGAGGACCCUGAGAUCGCAGCCCAGGACCAGGGGACGGAUUUUCACGAGGACGACAAACGUUUCAAACGGGAGGAAUUUGAGGAAAACCUGCUUGAAACUGGGCUGGAGCUGGAGAAGGAUGAAGGGGGUAAGAUUGCCGGGAUGGGCUUCUUGAAGAUUCACGCUCCAUGGAACGUUCUGUGUCGGGAGGCUGAAUUCAUGAAGCUGAAGAUGCCCACGAAAAAGGACUAUGAGGUGAAACAAGGAAGUAACAUCGUGGAGAAGAUCCGCCUUUUUAUCCACAAAGUCACGGCUCCUCUUCACCCGAAAGUGGAUUCAGCCCGGCAACAAAGCAUCAAGUCCCUGUCUCACCCUUUCUCCCGAGAGAAGCAGCAUCUAUUUGACCUUUCUGACCCGGACAAGUUCUUUGACAGCAAGACCAGAAGCUCAAUAGUGUACGAGGUGCUGAAAAGGACCAAAUGCAUUAGAGCCAAGUAUCCGAUGGGCAUCACAACUCUGCUGGCCAAUGGUGUCUACACCUCAGGGUUUCCUCUACAUGAUGGGGAGAUCGAGGGGAUCAAUGAAAUGGACAAUGACAGGAAGCUCCUGUAUGAACAAUGGGCCAGCUACAGCGCCUUCUACAAGUACCAGCCCAUCGGACUGAUCAGGAAGUAUUUUGGUGAAAAGGUCGGACUCUACUUCGCCUGGUUAGGAGUUUACACCCAGAUGCUGAUCCCUGCUGCCAUUGUUGGAGUAAUCGUAUUCCUUUAUGGCUGCGCCACCGUGGAUGACAACAUACCCAGUAUGGAAAUCUGUGACCCAAGGAACAAUAUCACCAUGUGCCCACUGUGUGAUCACGCCUGCAGCUACUGGAAGCUAGUGACGGCCUGCGGCACCGCUCGGGCCAGUCACCUGUUCGACAACCCUGCCACCGUCUUCUUCUCCAUCUUCAUGGCGCUGUGGGCUGUCCUCUUUAUGGAGCACUGGAAGAGACGACAGAUGCGGUUGAACUACAUCUGGGACUUGACAGGCUUCGGCGAGGAGGAGCAGGACCACAAUCGAGCUGAAUACGAGUUCCGCGUCAUGCAAAAGACGAUGAAACUGGAGAACUCGGCUCCAAAGGACGAGAAGGUGAAGCUGACAUGCAUGGACAGGAUGCCAGCGUACAUGACCACAGUGGUGAUGAUGUGCUUCAUGAUCAUGGUCACCUUCGUCAUGGUCUUCGGGGUCAUCUUGUACCGGAUCAGCAUCAAGGCUGCCCUGCACAUGAGCAACUAUCCCGCCGCCCGCUCCAACAUCCGAGCCACCGUCAAGACCACGGCCGCCAUCAUCAACCUCAUCAUCAUCAUCAUUUUAGAUGAGAUCUACGCUGCCAUCGCUCGCUGGUUGACCAAGCUGGAGGUACCGAAGACGGACAAGAGCUUCGAAGAGCGUCUCAUCUUUAAGACCUUUGUCCUGAAGUUUGUCAAUGCCUUCACACCCAUUGUGUAUUUGGCCUUUUUCAGAGGAAGACUUGUCGGCCGACCUGGAAACUACCUGUAUGUGGUCGGAUCCUACAGAAUGGAGGAGUGCGCCCACGCUGGCUGUCUGAUGGAACUGUGCAUCCAGUUGUGCAUCACCAUGUUAGGCAAACAGCUGAUCCAGAACAACCUGUUUGAGAUCGGAUUGCCAAAGCUGAAGAAACUGCUCCGUAAGAGGAAGUCGGAGGGCGACUUCAAGCAGCAGGAGGAGAUGAAGAAGUCGCUGCAGCGCCACGAGAGGGACCACUUCCUGGGGCCUUUCAUCGGGCUCAACCCAGAAUACAUGGAGAUGAUCAUCCAGUUUGGGAUGGUGACGCUGUUCGUGGCCUCCUUCCCUCUGGCUCCGCUCUUCGCUCUCCUCAACAACAUCAUUGAGAUUCGUCUGGACGCCAAGAAGUUUGUGACGGAGCUUCGCAGGCCAAUAGCAGCCAAAGCCAAAGACAUUGGAAUCUGGUACAACCUCCUCCGCGGGCUCAGCAAGGUCGCCGUUAUCGUGAACGCCUUCGUCAUCUCCUUCACGUCGGACUUCAUUCCGCGGCUGGUCUACCAGUACAUGUACAGUCCUGACGGCACCAUGCAUGGCUUCGUCAACCACGCUCUGUCCUACUUCAACGUCAGUGACUUUCAGCCCGGCACAGACCCGGUGCAGCCCAUGCACCUGGGCUACAGUGUCCAGAUUUGCAGGUACAAAGACUACAGGGAGCCCCCUUGGUCCAACACCCCGUACGAACUGUCCAAGGAGUUCUGGGCCAUCCUGUCGGCCCGCCUCGCCUUCGUGGUCGUCUUUCAGAACGUGGUGAUGCUGAUGAGCGAUUUCGUGGACUGGCUCAUCCCAGACAUUCCCAAGGACAUCAGCCUUCAGAUCCACAAGGAGAAGAUCCUGAUGGUGGAGAUGUUCAUGAAGGAGGAGCAGGGGAGGCGCCUGACGCUGCGGCCCCACCAUCGCCAUGAAAACUGCACCACCCCGUCGCCCGACAACCGGAGCCCCCCGCAGCCGCGCUCUAGGCCCGUGUCGCAUGCUAACUGCUACUAACACAAAAGAGAGGGAGACGGGAAGAAGCGAAGAAACCUCAAGCUCUGCCGACCUUUAUCCAGUUUAGCACAUUUGAUAUAAGAAUGAAUGUCUUUCAACAGGGCUAACGUCUGCUCCCUUUACGACUGCGGUGACCCGAGUGGUACUUUUCUAUGAUCCAGAGCACAUCACCUGUAGUGGUCAUUAUUUAUUUGAUAGAAAAAGAGGAAGAAGCCAUUGAGUCGUCGCUGAGAAAGAAACGAGUGCCAUUCAUUCCUCCAUCCGUCCAGGAAAAGUACUUAUUUAUCCGUAGAAAUGUGGCGGACCCCUGCAGGCACGACACCAGCCUCUCGUCUGGGAGAGGGGAAAUGACACAAUACUGAAAUAUAGAGCUCCCAAACAGCAAUACUAUUGACACUACCUGAUAAACGUGGAGCGACGGUGGCGGUGUUAAGAUUCUACUGAGGUCCUCCAACCCAUUUAUUUUAUUUUUUUAUAGCGUUGGAUGUAUUUUUUGUUCAUUUCACUGCAGGUAUUCUGUUUUAUUGUUGUCUUAAUCGAGGUCUGAUGUCCUCAGUCGCUUGCUGAACAUUCCAAAAACAUUUAUGAGAAACCGAAUGGCGGAAGGCCAAAUGGACGCACAGACAGGAAGUAAGGGCUAAAGUCACAGUAUCAGCCGGAGAAUAGAGCACAAAUUCACAACAUCCUCCAGGUCUGGCUGGAAUAUGUUACGGGAGGGGAGUCAGGCUCCUGCAUAUAAGGUCUGAGCUUGAAAAGCACCUGUUUCUCAUGCUUCUUUGCUCUCGCUGCCAGUCGACUGCUUUACUUCUGCACACCUCCAGGAAAGAGCCACAGCUCAGGAUGCACAUUGGGGCCACGGUUUUUCAGCCUGUGGGUCAAAAAGUACUGACCCAAGUUAGUCUGAUGGUUGGUAUUAGCAAGAGUUUAACUCAAGCUUUCUUGCCUAACUUUGCAAAAUUGUUCAUACGUCAUCUCAUCCCUCAUUUCCCUUCUGAUCCUGAAAGCACAUGGAGUUGCUGUCCUUAAUAAACUGCACAAUGAGCAAAAUAAAAAAAAAACAACUGUACAUUUAUUGUGUCUCGACUGUUGGGAGCAUGUCUGUCUGUCUGUCUGUCUGUCCAGGACGUGUCCCACCGCUCACAGUCGGACUCACCAACUGCAUCUCCAGUCGCCUGUUUUGUGGUGUGACUUCUGAUAUGUGGAGCCGGAUGCUCCUCCUGCAUGUACGGCCAAACUGUUCUGUCUUUUUUGCUGUUUCAAAAUGCAAAUAAAUGUUCCAAUCUG